AUGUCUAAAUUGAUCACCGUCUUCGGCGCCACUGGAAACCAGGGUGGUUCUGUGAUUGACGCCAUUCUUGCCGACCCGCAGCUCUCGAAGGAAUUCAAGAUCCGCGGUAUCACUCGCGACACCACCAAGAAAUCAGCUCAGGACCUGGCUAAGCGGGGUGUCGAAGUUGUCACCGCCGAUUUGGGCUCCGUCGACUCUCUGGCCACGGCUCUUGAGGGCUCUCACACCGUCUUCCUGGUCACUAACUACUGGGAAACGAUGAAUGCCGACAUCGAAUUCUCGCAGGGAAAGAAUGUGGCCGAUGUCUCCAAGGCCGUUGGUGUUUCCCACCUCAUCUUCUCUUCCCUCCACCACGUGACGGAAGAAAGCAAGGGCCGUCUCACCCACGUUCCUCAUUUCGAUAGCAAGGCCAACGUCGAGAAGUAUAUCCGCGCCUCGGGAGUUGGAUGCAGCUUUGUCCUUCCCGGAUACUACAUGAGCAACUUCACGUCGAUGCUCAAACGGGCCGAAGAUGGCUCAUACCAGCUUUUCUACCCUGUUGGCAAGCAAGCCAAGUUCCCUCUGUUCGAUGCCGCCAAAGAUACAGGUCUCUUUGUGAAGGCCGCAAUUAAGCACGCGGAUCAGUUGAAGAACAAACAAAUCCUGGCAGCUGCCCAGUACUACACUCCUGAGGAGAUUGUGGACACCUUCUCUCAGGUUACCGGCAAGAAGGCUGUCUUCAUGCAGAUUUCUUCGGAACAGUACAAGGCCGCCUUGCCUCCUGCCAUAGCGGAAGAGUAUCUUGAGAACCAGCUGUUUGUGGAAGAGCCCGGCUACUACUUGGGGGAGCCUCUCGAGCCUAGCCUGAAACUCCUUGACUCCAGACCCACUACCUGGGCGGAGUUUGUCCAAAAGAACGCUUCUGCUUGGGAAUAA